AUGAGCGCGAAGCUUGCCAAAGACUUCGCGGCGUUCCAAACUGUAGAAGAGGGGCAGUCGGCCCGGUUGCAGGACUUGAGUAGUCAACUCGAAAACUUGAUUGGCAAGUAUGAUGACGCCGUGCGGGAUCUUGAAAGUGAAAAGGUUGCGCGGCGUUUUUCUCAACAGGACGCAGAUAAGGCGCGAUCCAAAAUUGAAGAAUUGCAGCAAUCCAUGGAGCGCAGCUCAUUUGUUCUAGUCUUAAUCGAUGCUGAUGCCGACCCAUAUAUUUUUAAAGACGAGUAUUACGCCGCCGGUGACGGCGGUAGAAAGGCGUCUCUUGCUCUACGAGACGGUGUUCGCAGCUUUCUUCAGACGAACAGACCAGAACAGGCCAAUUACCCCAUACUUAUCAAGGCAUAUGCCAAUGAACUUGGUUUGUCUCAGUUUCUCGUUGCACGCGGCGUUAUUAAGGCGCCCCGUGAUCUUGUCGAAUUCGCAAAAGACUUCACCCAGGCCCUCGAGAAUACCGACUUCGUGCUAGUCGGGAGUGGCAAGGAUCGAGCAGAUAAGAAGAUUCAAGGUACUUUCAAGCAGUUCGUCAGCAAUCCUACCUGUCGCCAUAUCAUCUUCGGGGCUUGUCAUGAUAAUUCUUAUGUGCGACUGCUGGAGGAUUAUGUUCAUGAUAGUUCUGUGGUUGAUCGAGUUACUCUUCUUCACGGUUUUAACGUUGGGCGCGAAUUCCGUGAUCUGAAAUUUAAAUGUUUCAAGAUGGAAAGUCUGUUUCAAGUCGGACCGGCGCAGAACAUGGCGCCAUCGCCACAGCCAUUAGCGUCCGUUUCAACUCCUUCGACCUGGGCAUCUACGGUAGGCUCAAAGACGGAUGCGGGCUCUCGGAAAUUUAGAGCAGCCAAUACAGUACGGGUGAACUCUGCCGGACAGAGAAUCGAUGAACACCUCCGACAACCAAACCAGCAAGCUUUAGAUAACUGGAAUCAUAAGAUUGGCAUAGUCGGCAUGCGGUAUUGCCGCUCAUACCACCUAUGUGGAUUGUGCUCAAACUCUUCCUGUAGGUAUUCCCAUGGUCCGCUAUCAGAGGGGGAAAAGUUGGUUUUUCGACGGGAGGUCAGGAUGGAAGUGUGCCAUGCUGGCUUGGAAUGUCGUGAUGUUGCUUGCUUAUACGGCCACAACUGUUCAUGCAACAAGCCCACAUGCAAGUUUUCUCCAGAAAUGCACAAGGUUGAUGUUUCUCUGGCUAAAGUCUGA